ACCAUAUUUGACCAAUACUAUAUAUUAAGAUAUCAAGCCACAUUUUCUUAAUUGAUGAGUUAUAAUUGUUUUAAAACCUCUUCUGCUGAUAAGAAAAUGACCACCGCUUUUGAUCAUAACUUAUGGUCAAAUGCAUUAUUUAUACCGGACACCACUAGCUCAGAUGUGAUUAAAACCGAUCAUGGAAACCAGUCAAAUGUGAUGAUAAAUCAUCAUGGAAACCAGUCAAAUGUGAUGAAAAAUCAUAUGGCUUCUCAAGUUGAUGAAGAUGAUGACAUAAUGGGAAAACCAUGGUUGUUGGAAGGCGGCAACGUGGUGGUGGAGUCACCAGAAGCGGUGGGUUCCGGUUGUGAUACAAAGAUCGAGAUGAAAGCCAACAACCCGAAAAUAGCAUUCCAAACAAGGAGCCAAGUAGACAUUCUUGAUGAUGGUUAUAAAUGGCGAAAAUACGGGCAAAAAAUUGUUAAAAACAACAAAUUUGCCAGGAAUUAUUACAAGUGCAAUUACAAAGGAUGCAACGUGAAGAAGCAAGUUCAAAGGCUAUCAAAAGACGAAGGAGUUGUAUGCACAACAUAUGAAGGCUUCCAUGAACAUACAAUACCCAUGCCUCCGUAAGAUAUUAAUCAUAUCUCAAGUUAAAACAUAGCCCGAAACCGAACUUUUACUUCUCAUUUUAUGUUGUCUAUUUUGAUGUGAGUUGUUUAGUUGUUUCUGUCUACACAUUCUAAAAGCAAAAAACAAAUCAAAUUCCCUAGCAAGUAGUUAGGUUGUCUAACGUCUAAGUAACAACCGGUUGCUAGUAUCUGUUGAAGAACAACUUAUCAAGAAUCUAAUAAAUGAAAACUGGUCCAAGAUGAUAGAUGUUGAUAAUAUUCUACAUGACAGUGACUUGAUGUCUUUAGCAACAUUUUAUUUCAUCAUUUCAUGGUAGUCUACAAAUAUCUAGAGGAUCUUGAAACAUUGACCAUAUAUAUUACGGUUAAGAUCCAUUGAUGAUGUGAGUUUGUUUAAUACGCCAUGAGUUUGAUUGUGGGAUUAAACUUGACGUAGCUAAACUAGAAACUAAGAAUAUCCUAGUCGAUCGAAAAUCAAUUGGGUCAUCAAUAAAAAACAUAGCAGGACCACAAGUGUGAUGCUUUACGAUCAACCACAAGGAUACCCAUCAAAGUUAUUCAAUUGUAUUCUUCACUUGUUUGUAGUUCCCGGAAAC